AUGUCAUCAACCUCCUCCUCCUCCCAAUACAUCUACCCCCCCAGCCCCUUCCCCCCUCCCUCCCCCUCCCCCUCCUCCGACCUCGACUCCCUCCCCGACUCCGCCCCCAGCGACGACACAACCUCGACCUCCGACGACGAAGGAGAAUCCGACGCGGAGAAGGAAUGGAAGGAGUCGCUGCAGCAACUCGAGCUCAUCCUGACCAUGGUGCUCGUGCCGUACGCCGGCAAGUAUUUCGGCAGGAAGUGCGCUUAUUGGGGCUGGGCGAAAUUCAUGCAGUGGAAGUACCCCGUCGAGGUCGUCUUCACGAGCAAGAAGACCUUCAAGGCCGCGGGGGCCGUCGAAGCUGCCGCUUCGUUGUGA